AUGCGUCACGCGUGCGCUGGCGCAAUCGCACCGCACGCGCUCGUGAAAGAGGUCGAGAGUCGAGCCCCGCACAAGAAUCCGAUCAAGGUGGACGGCGCGGCGCGCGGUCUGCCGAGCGGCGUGGGCGCGCCUUCCAUUGCUUCGCAGCAGGAUGCGGAAUUGACGGAGAAACGCGACAGCUGUCAUGCAGGAUGUGAAGCAUUUGAGAAAAGAAGCAAUAUGGAAUUUUGUAUGAAAGAACUUUUGUAUGGUUUAUUGCCUUUCCUUUACCCUACAUUUUGGACUUUGCUUUUUAUUUCCUUGUUUGGUCACCGAAAUUGUGAUGGCUACAAAGGCUAUUCUCGGCCCUGCAUCCGCGUGGUGCGGUAUUUGUGUGCAUUGUGCGUCGGCGUCGGCAACUACACACCUGAGAGCGCGCCUCACACAUCCAUCCACUCCCUUCUCUGCGCCGCGAGGAGAUCCCGGAGCCCUUGCGGGCGCUUGGCGGCACCUGCGGCCUGCAAGCGGUGA